GGGGCGCCGCGGGCCCCCUCCUCGGAGGCAGCCGGCGGUCGCCAUGGCAGCGCGGCGCAGCUGCUAGUGAUGCUUGCAAAUGUCCCGCUGAAAUAUUUGGGGUGGAAUCAAUUCUUUUUCCUCACCUGGCUCCUUUUAUGCGUUAACAAUUGUUUUUUCUGGCAAACAAGCGAAUUUUUGAUAGUUUUGUGUUCGGCUGCGGCAAAACCGCCGCUUUGGUGAACUUUGGAGCCGAAAAGAACAUUUGAGAUGCGACGAAAACGGCACAAAAAAAAAUGUGCAAAGCGGCACUGGGAGACGCUGCAGAAACACGGCGAAAAUGGGGUGAAAAAGGUGCAAAUUGGCACCGAGAGAUGCUGCAAAUAAAAACAGGUGGAAAAGACACAAAAACGGCAUGGAAGAGGCCCAAAACGGGGCGGAAAAGGCACAAAACGGCGCAGAAAAGGUACAAAGCUGCAGAGAAAAGCUGCGAAAAUGGCCCCAAAAAGCUGCAAAUUUGGCAGAUUUUAAGUGAAAAGGUGGAAAUUUUAACGUUUUCCUCCGGAAAUGGCCCAGGCUCAAGGGAAUUAAGUGAAUAUCUCAUCGGGCUGCAACUCGAGCGAUGCUCACACCACGGCUUAGCUAAAACCGCGGUUUUUUGAAGAGAUUUGCAGCAGCACCCAGAGGUGAGACCCCAAAACCCCCGCGGGCUCGGAGCGCCGCCGGCCCCGCCGCGAUGGCGUCGCCAGCCGUCAGCCCAGACUCAUCGUCGCACGAAGCCCUCUCCUCCGUCAACUCGGCCCCGGCGUGCUCGCCCACCUCCGACUCGGAGAACCUCAGCCCCGACGAGCUGGAGCUGCUGGCCAAGCUGGAGGAGCAGAACCGGCUGCUGGAGGCUGACUCCAAGUCGAUGCGCUCCAUGAAUGGCUCACGAAGGAACAGCGGCUCCUCCUUGGUCUCCAGUUCCUCGGCCUCCUCCAACCUCAGCCACCUCGAGGAGGACACCUGGAUCCUCUGGGGCCGCAUCGUCAACGAGUGGGACGAGUGGCGGAAGAAGAAGGAGAAGCUGCUCAAGGAGCUCAUCCGCAAAGGGAUCCCCCACCACUUCCGCGCCAUCGUCUGGCAGCUGCUCUGCAGUGCCACUGACAUGCCCGUCAAAAACCAGUACUCGGAGCUGCUCAAGAUGUCCUCGCCCUGCGAGAAGCUCAUCCGCCGCGACAUCGCCCGCACCUACCCUGAGCACGAGUUCUUCAAGGGCCAGGACAGCCUGGGCCAGGAGGUGCUCUUCAACGUCAUGAAGGCUUAUUCGCUGGUGGACCGGGAGGUUGGAUACUGCCAAGGCAGCGCCUUCAUCGUGGGACUGCUGCUUAUGCAGAUGCCCGAGGAGGAGGCCUUCUGCGUGUUCGUGAGGCUGAUGCAGGAGUACCGCUUGCGGGAGCUCUUCAAACCCAGCAUGGCCGAGCUGGGACUCUGCAUCUACCAGUUCGAGUACAUGCUGCAGGAGCAGCUGCCGGAGCUGAACAUCCACUUCCGGUCGCAGAGCUUCCUCACCUCCAUGUACGCCUCGUCCUGGUUCCUCACCCUCUUCCUCACCACCUUCCCCCUGCCCGUGGCCACGCGCGUCUUCGACAUCUUCAUGUACGAGGGGCUGGAGAUCGUCUUCCGCGUGGGGAUGGCUCUGCUGCAGUUCAACCAGGCCGAGCUCGUCCAGCUGGACAUGGAAGGCAUGUCCCAGUACUUCCAGAAGGUGAUCCCGCACCAGUUCGACAGCUGCCCCGACAAGCUCAUCCUCAGGGCCUUCCAGGUCAAGUACAACCCCAAGAAGAUGAAGAGGCUGGAGAAGGAGUACGCCGCCAUCAAGAACAAGGAGAUGGAGGAGCAGAUCGAGAUCAAGCGCCUUCGCACCGAGAACCGCCUGCUGAAGCAGCGCAUUGAAACCCUGGAGAAGGGCCAGGUGACGCGGGCGCAGGAGGCGGAGGAGAACUACAUCAUCAAGCGGGAGCUGGCGGUGGUGAAGCAGCGCUGCACCUCGGCCACCGAGAACCUCCAGCGCGCCCAGAGCACCAUCCGCCAGCUGCAGGACCAGCAGGGGAACCCGCGGUUCAGCGAGGAGUUUGUCACCCACCUGGAGACGGAGCUGGAGCAGUCGCGGCUGCGGGAGAGCGAGACGCUCGGCGCCCUCAAGGAGAUGCAGGACAAAGUGCUCGACAUGGAGAAGAGGAGCAGCCUCCUGCCGGACGAGGACAACGUGGUGAGGCUGCAGGAGGAGCUGCAGGCGCUGGCGCUGCGCGAGGCUGAGGCCGUCAAGUCCCUGACGGAGCUGCAGCAGCAGGUGAAGGACCUCAGUGACAGCUGGCAGGCGGGCCGCGCGGGCGGGCGCUGGAAGGAGUCCCCGCGGCGCAGCAACGCCAACGCGCUGCAGGAGGCCGUGGUGGCGGCGCGGCUGCGCGAGGCCCAGGCGCAGGCCGAGCUGCGGGCGCUGCGGCAGCGGGUGCUGCAGCUGGAGACACAGGGCCAGAUCCAGCGCACGGUGCUGGGCCGCGCCGAGCAGACGUGCGCGGGGCUGCGGGAGCAGCUGCGGCUGGCGGCGGCGCAGAGCAAGGGGCUGCAGGCGCAGCUCAGCGAGAGCCACCGCAAGCACGCCGAGGCCCAGUGCAAGAGCAAGGAGGAGGUGAUGGCGGUGCGGCUGCGCGAGGCCGACAGCAUGGCCGCCCUGGCCGAGAUGCGGCAGCGCGUCGCCGAGCUGGAGAUCCAGAGGGAGGAGGGGAUGCUCCAGGGGCAGCUCAACCACUCGGACGCCGCCCAGUACAUCCGGCAGCUCAAGGACCACAUCGACGAGCUCAAGGCCGAGAUCCGGCUGCUGCGGGGCCCGCUGGCCUUCGGGGCGGUGGGGCUGGGGCCGCGGCUGGGGGACGAGGACUCGCUGGGCUCCUCGGACGAGGAGCUGCCGCCGCCCUUCGCGCUGCCCCGCGGGGACCUCGGGGACCUCGGCGACAUGGGCGACAGCAGCGACAGCGACACCGAGGGGGCCCCCACGGCGCCGUGACCCGCGGGGGACGCCGGUGGCACCGCCACCCACGGGGACACGGGGGGGGGGGGGGGGGCUUUGGGGACAGCAGCGGCGCCGCGCCUCGGGGACCCCGCGGGCACCCCGACCCUUGGGGACGAGGGGACGAGGGGGGGACCUGCCAGCCCCGGGGCACCCGGGGGACACCCGGGGGCACCCAGGGGACGUGGGGGGACACCCGGGGGACCCACAGCACCCAGGGGACGCCUGUGGGCCCUAUGGCACCCAG